AUGCUUUGUAAUGCAGAACAGAAUGGUUCGUCUUUUUGUAAGCUAUGGGGUCAGUGGAAUGAGGCAGGCACUGUAUACGAAGGUGGAGUUAUGGGUGGUCUAAAUGUUGAUGAAGGAAUAACAUAUAGAGACCUAGUAAGUGCGAUAUUUAGGAUGACUAGAAUAAAUCCUGACAUUUUCAAUAUUGUUCUACAAUGUAUCUACAAAUUCGAGUUCCAGUACGGAGUACCGAACUUUUAUAUAUUUGAUGAUACUAGCCUUGGUUUUUACCUUAUGGGCCCUCCACAUCCCUCUCAAGUACCCUUGUAUGUAUCUGUUGUACCAAAGGAAAGACAAUGUAGUGGUAGUAACUCACAUGAUGUACCGUUAUAUCCUCAAACCGAAACAUUUGCUUCAUUUCCAUGGCAAGUAGAACAAAAUGUUCCUUCUCCUGCUCCACUGAAUCAUGUGCACUCAUCUAUACGUACUGUCCACCCACCAUCUUCCGUAAAAUUUAUGACUCCAUUGACAGACAAUGUUGUCCCAUGCAAUUUAGGUGAUGAUGAACACGAACACUUCGGUCAGUGGGAUGAUGUUGGAGAUGAUGAGGACCAUGAGUACCGUAUGGUUGGGGAUGACCUCGAGGAUGACGAUGAUUACCAAGAGAUUGAGAGCGAGGAUGAUAAUGAAGCGGAUGAACCAGUGUAUGAUGGUGAUCCAUCCUUAAGAACACCUGUUGUUGAAGUACAGUCUGUUAGUAGGAAUGCUCCUUGUGCAACAGUCGAGGGUGUGCAUGCAUCCUUAGAACAGAUGGAUACGAUUGGUUGUGACGAUGACUUGGUUGAUGACAUUGCACUUGGCAGUCUUUUUCGGUCUAAGGAUGAAUUGCGCUUUACAUUGGCUGUUUUUGCUAUCCAAAAAAACUUUGAGUUUCAGGUUAAGAAAUCUACUAGGAGUUUGUUAAGUGUUGCAUGCAAAGAAGAGGGAUGUAGAUGGGCCUUGCGUGCACGAAAAAUUAAAGGUUCGGAUACCUUCCUCAUCUCUACGUUUUCCGAAGACCACAUUCAUGAACGAGAGACACUGAGGCACGACCAUAAGCAAGCCGGUAGUUGGGUGGUUGGCCAGCUGAUAAAGACCAAUCUCGAGGACAUCAGUCGUCGUUACCGUCCUAGGGAUAUUAUUACUGACAUGCGAAGGAACUACGGUGUCAAUACCCGAUACGAAAAGACAUGGCGGGCGAGAGAAGUCGCAUUAAGCCUAUUGAUGGGAUCGCCUAAAGAGUCAUAUACUACUCUGCAUAAGUAUGGAGCGGCUUUGAAGGCUGCGAAUGUAGGAACUGUAUUUCAGAUAAAGUUGGAGGACGACACAUACUUUAAGUAUGCAUUCAUGGCCUUAGGAUGCUCGAUUAGGGGUUUUGGAAGUUGCAUCCGGCAGGUCCUAGUGGUUGACGGAGCACAUCUGAAGGGGAAGUACAGGGGUGUCUUACUUACUGCUUCCUCAGUAGAUGGUAACAACCAAAUUUACCCUCUAGCUUUCGGGGUUGUUGAUAAGGAGUCUGAUGAAUCGUGGACAUGGUUUUUGGAGAGAGUUAAGAUCUGUAUAGGUAACGUAGAUGGUUUAGUUUUUGUAUCUGACCGGCAUCAAACUAUAACAAACUCCGUGGCAACGAUGUUUCUUGAUGCAGCGCACGUUACCUGUAUGCAUCAUGUAGCAAUGAAGUUGACCGAGAAGUUUAGAAAUGGGGGGAUGAGGAGGAUUUUCUAUAAAGCAGCCAAGGCGUUCAAGGUAUCAAAGUUUCGGUACUAUUGGGGCCAACUCGCCGGAUUCCCCGGCGUACACAAAUAUUUGGAAGACAUCGGCUUGGACAAGUGGGCCCGUACAUAUCAACCUGGUAUGAGGUAUAACCAAAUGACCUCGAAUCUUGCCGAGUCCAUGAAUGCGGUACUCGUUCAUGCUCGUGAUUUGCCAAUAACAGCCCUAUUUGAAAAUUGUCGAUCUCUCCUACAACAAUGGUUUUACGAUAGGCGGACUGCCGGGUCUAGUCGAGGAACAUUUCUCACCGAAUAUGCAGAGAAUAUUCUUAAAGAAGUGGCAGAACAAGCUCGAUAUCAUCAUGUCAGGCCGAUUGAUCGUUUCGAAUUUGAAGUGCAUGAUGGUGCGACGAAGGUACGUGUAAACAUUAAUAGUAAGACUUGCACGUGCAAACAAUUUUACUAUUACGAAAUUCCAUGCUCUCACGCCAUUGCCGGGGCGGUGCUUCGUAACAUUAGUGUGCAUACAUUAUGUUCUGAUAGGUACCGAAUAGAUACCCUCAUACAAGCUUAUGUUGAACCCGUGUACCCGCUUGGAGAUGAGGAAGAUUGGAUUUUACCAUAUGAUUAUGUGCCUACGACGAUUCAGCCACCCAGAUUCGUUCCUCGUGUUGGACGUUGCCAAACUGCCAGGAUACCAUCAGUCGGUGAAGUCCGCCAGGUACACAAAUGUGGGCGAUGUGGAAACGUUGGACACAACUGCAAGACGUGUAGACAACCGCUUCGAACAACUGAAACCGAAUAG